UUGGGUUCCUCCAGGUCAGGUCAGAUUUCACUGUCUGCGUGGUGGAGCUCCAGGAGUGUUUAGAAACACACUUGGCACCAAAACACCCAACACAGCGGCUGUACACAUCGGUUAAGACACACAAAUCUGCGUUAUUGGCGAAAAUGUUUCGUUGUGGAAUCUCUUAUCCAAGAUGCAGGUGGAUCCUUCCUCUGCUUCUGCUGUUCGCGGUGAUUUUUGACAUUAUUGCCAUCGCAGCGCAGUCUGGAUGGGUUGAAGACCAGGACGCCAAAUCCCACUACGCCAGCAUGUGGCAACAGUGUCGAGGCCGCAACGAUAAUUGGGAAUGCAGAUCCCUCAUGGAGUUCUCAUGGGCUCAGGCUGUGGCUGCUCUGAUGAUCAUCGGCCUCAUCAUCGUCAUCGUCGCCUUCUUCAUCUCAUUCGUCGCUCUCUGUUGUAGUCUCAAUAUUUCUCUGCUGCCUGUAAUUGGAAGCCUCCUUAUUCUGGCUGUAAUCAUCCAGGUAAUCGCUCUGAUCAUCUACCCAUUCAAGUUCAACGAGAUCAUCUAUGAAGGAUAUUAUAACUACACCUGGGCGUACGGCUUUGGUUGGGGCGCCACCAUCCUGAUGCUGGGGUGUGGUAUCAUCUUCUGCUGUCUUCCCCAUCAUGAGGAUGAGCUCGCCGACAAGGAAAAGAUCAAAUACCUCUACGACUCUGAGCGCUAAAGGACUGUGUUUUGCUACCCAAACCUUAAUGUCAAUGCUCACCUCACCACAUUGUGCAAAAUCUCCAAAAGCAUUGUCAUUUUAACCAAAACAGUGUGUAGAAGCUUACUGACUUUGAUGAGGGCUGUGGUGAUGCCCUUGUUCGUUACUCUCGGGACUAAUGCAAACACCUUUUGCUUUUAUUUUAGCUUUUUAAUUUUUGAUGAUUCACAAACAGACUGGGCUUUUGUAUUUUGGCAUGAGAAUCCCCAUGAAGUAUUUUUUCCUGUAUAUAUUUUUUAUUACAGUGUCCAUGCAAAUGUAAUGAAUUAUAAUAGUAGUAACCCUAUCAAAAUGCAUUUCCAAGCACCACUGAACAUGUAGUUUGGUUGUAUUACUCAGUGCAUACUAAUGGAAUUACUCUGUAACUGUAACACGAACACUGCAAUGCAAUUUAUUUUAUUUGUGUAUCUCUUCAACAUGUUUAAAUAUCAGCGUUAAGAAACACUUUUUGAAAUGUUUAUGCAGUUUUACAUAAAUGUGUCAUUCCAUGCAGCCCCUGUUUUGUUUAUCAUCAUAGCAGUCAUGUAUAAUAUUUUGCACACUUGAAUAUCUCCAAAGUGCUCUUACUGUCAGCAGAUAAUUCAUGGUUUGUGUGUGACUGGCCAAGGUCAGUGUGAAUGAAUGAAUAGGUUUUUAAGCUUAGUUAUUUUCAGCAAAAUAGGUGAUAAAAAAACUUUCUGAUUUAUUUUAAGCUUAAAAAAUAUCUUGACACAUUUGUGCCUUGAUAAGUGUGUGAUUCUCUCGAUGCUUGUGUGGAAAAGAAAAAUACUGCCACAAGGAGAUUUUUUUAUAAAAGUAUACUCUGCUAGAUUUGUAAACUAUGCAACGCUGUAGGGUUUCUCUACAUUCUGACUAAAUGUUUUCACUGUUGUAAACCAAUCUUCAAUAAAAAGGGAUUUUUA